GUCACAACGCGAUUCCUCCUUCCUGAGGAGAGGAAGUUCCUCUGCUGGAGCUGAACCCGACAAAUGCCCAAGCACGCGCUGAUCGUCGGCGCCUCGGCGGGCAUCGGCCUCGCCGUGGCGCGCAAGGUGGCGCCGUUGGUGGACAAGUUGACGCUGUGCUCGCGCAGGUGUCCUCCGGGCCUGGUGGCGUCCAUCCAGGCGGACAAUCCGAGCCUCGACGUGGUCUACGAGCGCCUGGACGUGUCUCUCUUGCACGAGGUGCGCCAGUUCACGCGCCGCCACCAGGACACCCAGUUCGACUGGAUCGUGCUCACGGCCGGCAUCUUGUCGCUCAAUGGACGCACGGAGACCAAGGAGGGGCUGGACGUCAAGAUGAGCACGCACUACUACGGACGGUUCAUGCUGGUGCACGACCUGCUCGAAGGGCUCAACAGACCAGGAGUGCGUGUGCUCAACGUACUGGGCGCUGGCCGAGGCGGAGCUCCUCACCUCGAUGACCUCGAUCUGAAGAAAAACUACUCUAUCAAGCACUGCGCAGACGCCACGACGCUUUACUCGGACUUGAUGGCUCAGGCGCUGUCGGAGCACGCGCCGAACGCGUCCUUCAUGCACAUUUACCCGGGCUUCGUCAACACGGGGCUGUUCAACCGCUUCCCGUGGUACGUGCGUCUGCCGUCCAAAGCCUUCGCGGCUGUGGCAGCCCACUCGCCUGAACGCUGUGCCGAUUACUUGGUGGCCACCCUGACCAAACCGCAGUUCGCCACGGGCUGGAAGCUGCUGGGCGAGCGCGGCGAGGUGCUGCCCAAGACGAAGUACCACACCGACAAGCUCAAAGUUGUCGUCUGGAAGCACACGCUCAAGACCAUCGAGGCCGUGAUGAAGCAAUAAGGUUUUCGCUGCCCUGGAGUGAGUGAGCGACCGCUUCUUGGGUUCCAAGACCAAUUCGUUGUUUAUCGUCCCACAUGUAGCGCUGCGACUGGCGAGUCAAACAGAAGUCUGUAAGUGUAAUGCAGCAAGACGACGCGAAAGAACACACUUCAACGUUCAUCGCAUGACU